CGAGUCUGAAAUCCGAAAUCUCAUUUUGUCACUACCGUACUGGCAACGCUGCAGUUGCUCACAACUAACUAUACCUACAGUGACGGAAGACUCUAUACCAUUCAUAUUUUCUCUUUCGCCAGCAAACAGGAGCAUCAUCGUUAUCGUUGUUAUGUCAAAUUCAAAAUCAGUGGUUGUCGGCGGAGAGUCACUAUUGACCAGCGUUUACCGGUCAUUGAACGCACCGCAUCUGAAGCCUUGCCUGCAACGUUCAAGUGAAUCGUCCAUUGCGUUUCUGCGUUACGAUUUAGCAAUUUCGCCUAAAGCUUCCAAAAAAAGCAAAAAAGGUAUAACUCAUAAGAUAAAAAAGGGAAUUUUGAAGAAAAACUCGGUGGUAAAUAAGCGGAAAAUAUAUGACCCAAGGAUUUCUAAGAGAGUCGACAUUCAACUUAACAAAUGUGAACAGAAUCCGAUUGGAAGUCGUAAAGAACCUAGAACGUAUAACCAGCAGUGCGGCAUCGUCCAAGAAUCGCAUUCUGAAGAUGAAGCGACGGAUUCCGAAGAAUCCGUUUCAAGUAAUGAUUCUAAAAAUGAAGACAAUGAAGAAAUAGGCACAGAAGUAUUACCUCCGACAUACGAAAGCGUUACUGAAGCGAAUGAUACAAAAAUAUCUCAAAAGUUAACUUGGGACGCAUCGACUGCCAACUUCACGAAAGAGAAACAAAUUGAGAAGGAAAGUCAUGAAGUCUUAACGUUUGAUGCACUGUCAAAUUACGGAACAGCUUAUGAUGAAAGUUUGAGCACCUCUGUUCUUAACCGAGGGCAAAGCAUGAAGCCUGGAAUGUUAUUGAUUUAUCUCAAUGGAAAGUUGCUCUACUCAGGCUAUCCGUUUCCUUCUUACGGCUGUAAGAGAGAAGACUUCAUGGAGUUCGUUUCCUCGGUCACUGGCGUCAAAUAUAUCUGAACGCCUGCC